AAAAUGUCGGAAUGUCGGCAUAGCAAAAUAAUCAAAUAAAAAUAUAAACAGUUAAUAAUUUUUAUGUGAUUUAUUUAUAAAUUCUGUGUUAUAUGUAAGUGACGGACACAAGUUGCUUAAAGCAUAUCACUCAGUCGAGGCAACGAAUCUUAGAUCUUCUAAACUAAGUACGAACGUAGAAUAAUGGAUACUCCUUCGACCAGUGUAAGCGGAGCCAUUGGGAGAUCAACCAAAAAAAAAAAAGUGCCCGAUAGGAAGAAAACCGGCACUACUGAUAGUAGGGACUUUGCUCGCACACCUCCUAUCUUGAUCAAAGUGAAUAGCUGGAUGAGCACCAUAGAAGUAGACUGCAACAGAAGCAGCCCAGAUUUUCCUGGAUUCGACAACGAAAAUGAUCCUCCUUACAACUUAAUUUCAAAUACCUAUUUCCUAAAGGACAAAGACGAACUGGAACAGUAUUACACCAUCUCGGAUUCUAUUUCUGAAAUCUUGGUAAAAAUAAAUAAAAGUUUCAUGGACUUGAGUCCUGGAACAAGGCGACGCAAAUUUUCUAAUAUAAUCGAACAGGACCUCGACAAUUGCGACAUUGUAUUGCCAAGUCCUGAAAAUGAGAAUAAAAAGGAGUUUUGCAAGUAUUUGCAACUAAUGAAGCCUACUGAUAAGAAAAAAAGCGUUAUUAUUGUACAAAAUAGACAUUCGAAGAGAAUUAAGAAUUUGUCCCAGCAGGAGCUGGAGAAAAAAUCAAGAACAUUGAUUUCUGAUCAAGAAAAUGAUUCAAUUAAUAAAUCUGAAGAGAAAUUACUAGAGCAUAAAGCCCCUCCUAAACCGCCUGACAAAAUUGAUGUUAUUGAUUUUGAUGGAAUUGCAGAAGAAAAUUGGUUCAAAGAGUUGGCAAAUAGAAAACCAAAGAGAACUGCAGUAAAACGGAAAUCAAAUGUUUCUGUAGAAGAUUUAAUGUCAGCUGAAUUCUCAGAGGCAGAAAAGGAAACAAAUAUUCCAGCUAGAACAGAAGAAGAACUAUUUGAUUCAAAUAAUAAUAGAAGUAAAUCUAGAGGACCUGCAAUUAAAAGAAAUUCAGUUGAUGCAUUAAUAGAUUCCGUUAUUAAAAAUAAAUCUAAUAGGAGGGCCAAGAGUAAUAAAAGGCUUAAUGGUGCUCAGAUUAAAAAUGGUUUAAAUGGAAAAGCCAAAGAAAUUGAAGAAAAUGAUUUAAUCAACAUUAAAACUCGGUCCAUGGAGCCUAUAAUCAAUAACAAUGAAAUUAAGGAUUUAACACAAACUGCUAAGACAAAUGAUCAGGCUUUGAUUAAUGAACCAGCAAAAGUAGGAAAGAGAAAGGCAAACAAUUCAAAACAAGCGUCUAAGGUGAAAGGUCCAGGCUUCAAAAUAAGACUUUCUUCUGCCAAAAGAGGAAGAAACACUAAUUCCAAUACUUCAACAAAAUCUGCCCCUAAACCCAGGCAAGCAAAAAGAAAGAAGAAUAAUUCAGCAAUAAAUGAGAAAGAUUUUGACAUUGCAACCAAUGCUAUACAAGAACACAUAAACUUGUUAAAAAAACCAGAAAAUCCUGCGGAAAUAUAUUUGUCGGAAAGCAGUUGUUCUGAGGUUGAACCUGAAACUUCAUUUGGAUCACAAUUGAAAAACUGGCCUAGAAAAAACUCAAACUUAACAAUAAAAAAGAUUUGUAUUCACGAAUCUGAUCCGCCUUCAACGGCAAAUAAAUCUUUGGAGAGGCACGACAGCGCUAUACAAACAGACCCGGAAGUACAACAUGAAUUUCACUCACAAAUUCUCAACAUUCAAAAAACUUCUGAUGAAGACUCGGAAGAAGAAUUAUCUGAAAAGUCAAGUUCACCUCCAGCAUCUGACCAGUUUACUGAUUACGCCAAACAGCAAACAGAAGACGCGAAAUGGAUCAACACUAAAAAGCAACUGGAAAAUCAAAAUUCAAUCACUGUAAAUACGGGGCAAGGUCCAAUAUUGAAGAUUUUUUAUGUGGAUUUUGAUUUGGUACUUUGUCAGGAGUUGUUGGUGUCGUUUUGGUAUCAGUCAGCACCUGGAAACGUUUUAGGCGCUCAGGAUAUGUGGACGAGCAAAGGCAGCAUCCAAAGACAACCCAUGCCCAACAAUUGCACCCUCAAAGAAUCCUUGGAAAUGGUCGCCUGCAGCUAUUUCAGUUUGGCGUACAUCGAACUGUGGACCAAAGAGCACGAGAACUAUCAGCAAGAAGUUCCCGUCACAAAUGUUUACGCUGUAGUCUAUUUUUGGAUGAAACAAUAUAACGGAUCGGUGAAAAAGGUGUUGCAACUUGGAAAUAUUAAUGGAUUUGCAGAUGAUAUUCAAUAUUCCAUUGUCAAAUCUUCACCGAAAAUCGUGGUGAGCUGGCAUUUUACUGGAAACGAAAUGAAUAGGAAAAAAACCUAUGUUUACUGUUAUCAAGUGGCGUCAGAUUUUCAAUCUAUAUGCAAUGUUGAUAAUUUUGAAGCCGUGGAUCAUUAUGUUUCGUCACUGCACAAUAUUGAAGGUUGUGACACAUUAAUCAUGGGCUGUGGGGAAAACAAAAUCACCCUUUGGAAUAUCGAAGGCGGUCGUUUGGCAGCUACCAUUGAAAUGACCGAAAUAAAGUCUCCACUUGCCACUCUAUGGGUCAAAUGCGAUAGGGGAUUUUUAUUCACAUUGCAACAAUGCGUGGACAGGGAAUUGAGACUGAUUGCUAUACACAGCAUGAACCAUUCUUGGAAGAGAUUGGCUAGUUAUAAACCACCUCUUGUUUAUGACAGAUUAAAAGGUGUCUGUGUGGAAAACGGUGUAGUUUUAGGCUUCUACGACCAAGGCAUUGUUUGUUGGAAUGCCAAAACCGCAGAAAUCGUAGUGGAAAAUGCGGGGCGCACGGAAACUGAAUAUAUUUCUGGUAAUUACUUAAUAAGUGUUGCCGGUAAUGAAGUUAAUGUCCAACACGCCUUUAUUAGUUUACUGAAAUUAGGAUAUUGGAACUAAAUUGUUUUGAUUAUUAGUUGUAAGUUGUUUAAAAGUGAUUUGAGAAUUUGGAAUGAUCCACUAUAAAAGUAGCAACUUCACAAAUUUGUUUUUAUUUCUAGUAUACUGUACUGGAUCAUUUUAGGUUGUACCUCAUUGUUAAUAUUUGUUCAAAAUGUAGAAAAUCUAUUUUUGUAUGUUUUGUAAUUUUUGUAGUUAGAACAAAUCGUUUAAUUUUUUUCCUAUUGGUGUUAUUUGCCCUCCAAAAAAUUUGUAGUCUUAGUACAAAUCGGAUUAAUAUAUUUUAAUAAAUUAUUGUAUGCGCUGUGAUUGUCAAAGAAUUGAGUGUAAAUAAAGUUAUUAUAAGUUUCAUGUGCAAAAUAUUUUUGAGAUUUUUGUGCAGAUGUCUCUUCUUUUGUACUAAUAAUAAUUUAUCAAAAAUAAUAUAACCGUUAACACAUUUAAUGAGGUUGUUUUUUUAAAUCAAUAUCAUUAAAAACCAACUAUUAUUGUAAAUAUGUAAAAAUCGAUUUGGUUCCCGGUGGAACACCCUGUAUAUUGCUUAUAUCUACAACGAAAGUCUAUAAUGGCAACUUAGUAUUUUUUCAGUAGUUUUGAAAUCUUUGGAUCAUUCUGAAUAUGGAAAUAUCAAAUUUGAAGCUGUUUGACGAAGUUUGAAAAUUUUAAAACGAAAUUUGUUUUUG